AUGAAGAAAUCAUGUCUUAGUAUAUUGGCCAUAGCAAUACCACUGGGCAGUAUUCUCAUAUUUGGACCGGUUCUGUUCUCUUGGUAUCUGCUUAAAACCACUAACCACGCAUACAUGGACCGCUAUGAGUCCAUGCAAUCCUAUUUUAUGAGUGCUAUCGGUGAUGGCACGAACAUAGCAAAGAAAAUAACUGACAACUACAUGAUCCUUACAUCACAGAGGGCUGCGCGAGAUGAGCCGAUCAUCAUACUUCAGUGUCUCGUUAACAGGAAAAACUACCAAAAAGCGGAAAAGAACGCUGACAAGACCAAGUGCGCCGAGGUGUACUACCAAGAGUUGAUUCGCAGAUGCGUAAAGUGGGAGGAAAAUGAACCGGAGAACGUGUUUAUUCCGUUGGACCAAAUGGCAGAGCAGAAAAUAGUUCAACGACAGGACUGUUUGGUUCGACUGGCAGCAAGGCUCUUUAAAAACUAUACCGUAUGUAAGAUUGACAGUCUGUUCGGUUUUUUGGGCGCAAGGGUCCCAGAAAAGCCGAAGCAGUACAACGCAUUUGUCAUGUGCUACGAGCCGGGCCUUCUUAGUGUCCACAAAUUCUUGGUUGAUGAAAACAACGAAACUUCGGUGUUUCAGGACACUCACAAAAUAAAAUCGGAUGAAAGAGAGGCGACAACAAUUUACAUGGAUAUUAUCGUAAAAAUGCUGGCGCUGUCGUUUAGGGAAGAGGAAAAACCAACGAAUUUGAACAAAGAUCUCAAAAUGGAUGGUGAGCAGGACGGUAGUGCACAAGAGAACGCAGCUGAUUCUGAUCAAAGUAUUUGAA